GCGACAGUGAGGAGAGGACGCGCCCAGAAUCGCUCCGCUGAGAGGCCUGAGGUUUAGCUUCGAUCACGCGCUCUCUUGUUUUUUAUUUCAUUUGUAUUAUUCGUAUUUAUUUUUGAUACUUUAUUGCGAGUUGAAUUCUUCAAGAGAAUUAAAAGGUAGUCGACACUAACCUUUCACGACGAACCGAAACAAACCAAAAGACUAAAACCAAUAGGCCUAAAAACAGACAAGCCCUCGAGACAAAUAUAUAAAAAAGGAACAUUAAAAUAGAAAAUUAAGUGACCUCAAAGACGCAUAGGAAGACAAGAGAGACCGAGACGCAAGACGAAAAGGUAAUAACUGAUAAUUGAAAUAAACACCGUCGACGAAUAAUUCAAACUGGCGCAAGAAAAGUAUUUAGAGAAAUUGGACAUGUCGAACAAAGUGGUCGAAAUGCUUCAGUCCAAGCUGAGGCUCCGGAACCCCAUGUUUCGAGAAUUCUUGGCGGAAUUUCUCGGCACUUUUAUCUUGGUG